GGCGAGGGCGAGACACAGAAGAUAAGGCCGACCAUUCUCUCUCUCUCUCCCUCGCUCUUCUACAUAGCCGCCUUCUCCCGCCGCUUUCCUCCCUGCAUCCUCUUUGCCUUUGUUUUUACUAUCAGAAAAAUCAACAAGAGAACCGACCCUUGUUUCUCGACAUGGCGAUCGACCACGAAUCCCCUUUCAAAGAGCUCAACCUCAAGAACAGACGAAUCACGGGCGGCGGAGCGCUGGAGGACGACAGCCGGUGGCCUCGGUGGUUGCGGCCGCUGCUGGCGACGCGUUUCUUCGUCCCGUGCAAUCUCCACUCAUAUUCCCCCCACAAGAGAGAGUGCAACAUGUACUGCCUCGACUGCGCCCACGCCGCUCUCUGCUCCCUCUGCCUCGCCCACCACCGCGACCACCGUACGAUCCAGAUCCGGCGGUCGUCGUACCACGACGUGAUCAGGGUCUCGGAGAUACAGAAGGUGCUGGAUAUCGCCGGCGUGCAAACCUACAUCAUCAACAGCGCCCGCGUCGUCUUCCUCAACGAGCGUCCGCAGCCGCGCCCGAGCAAGGGAGUCGCCAGCACCUGCGAAAUCUGCGACCGGAGCCUGCUCGACUCCUUCCGCUUCUGCUCGCUCGGCUGCAAGAUCGCUGACCCCGGGAGGAAGAAAUCAAUUGCGGCUUCGUCGUCCGCGACGAGCUCAAGUGAUCGAGGGAGCGAGAAGAGCCACGUGACGCAGAGCUUCCCGGCUGUCUUCACCCCAUCGUCGGCGGCGUCUGCCGCCGUCAGCCACCCGCGCGUCAAGAGGAGAAAGGGCUUUCCCCAUCGUGCGCCAUUUUGAACGCUACUUAGCUUGCAGUAUGGAUCUGCUACAAUGACACUAAUUAAUUCUACCUAUAAAUGUAUAUACUGAAAUAUCUAUCUAUCUAUCUAUAUAUA